GGCAAUGGUGGAACACAGAGAUAAGCAGAAUUCGGCUAAAAUUCCUCCAGAUAUGGUUAUUGGCCCUGAUGGCAAACCGUGCAAAAUAUGUACUGCAUUCCGACACUGGUCUCCAACAGGUUACAAAGACUCCAAGUCGACUUCGGGUGGGGAAAAAAAGUCUACUGCAGCUAUGAUGGCAACCUUUGCCUUUGGAAAAGGCUUCGAUAACGAGCGCAUCAACGCACGGUCUUCUCAGUGCCCUCCUGACGUCGAGCAGCUUGGGCGCGCAACAUGGACAUUCCUUCAUACUGCCGCCGCCUACUAUCCAGAACGGCCAACACCAAAUCAACGAGCGAACAUGCUCAAUCUUCUUCAUUCAUUGCCCACACUUUACCCAUGUUCACACUGUGCCUCGCAUCUUGGAGACAACCUGAAGGAACAUCCCCCAGACGUGAGCGGGAAGGCUGCGCUGAGUCAUUGGUUAUGUCAGAGGCAUAACGAUGUGAACGAGAGGCUUGGGAAGGAGAGGUUUGAUUGCACGAAAACAGACGAGAGGUGGAAAGAUGGUCCGAGCGACGGGAGGUGUGACUAGCUGUGAAAAGACAACUACACUAAUGGUCGUAUGCAAACGUCACGCUCGGAAGCCCGCUUACUCAACUCCCUGGUUACUCGUAUUAAUGUCCAUCUCCUUUACUAUCGGUAGGAGAGUGUUUCAAAUUUAUUUUGUUUUUUACUAUGGCCCUCUCAAUUCGGUAGCUU